GCCCUAAAUAAACAUACAAUAAUUGAUAUAAUUCUGACUUUUCUACAGGUCGCCAUGGCACGUUUGCAGCAGACGAUCAUCGGCAUAACUUGGAUUGUCGUCUUGUCCUUAUUGCUGCUUCCUGAAGUUAGAGCGCAACAUUUAUUUGUGCGUAUCUCCGAUGCCGACAGAGCAUUCACUUCCGGGACAGUCCUACACACUCAAAAGACACCCAGUGCUAUUGCGUGUGGCAUUGCAUGUCGCCGGCUGGAAACGUGUCUCUCCUUCAACAGUCGACUGGAGUCUGAUGCCACAUUCACCUGUGACCUCCUAUCCGACAUCCCGCUGUCUCCCAUGACGGACCUGUCUCCUGCCGCAGGGGCAGAGUACUAUGAACAGACAUGUCAACCCUUCCUCAAUCCAACGACAGCUGCAGAGGUCAAGGAAAUGGGUGUGGUUAAUACCGGCCUCGUGUACGUGGCGAGUAACAACGGCCUCGACGUGACAAUCGUCAACAUGUCUGCCACCUAUGAGAUACUUUCUGUGUCCCAAGUGGCCACGGUGGCACAGAUGAGCAGCGGGAAGUUUACACAGAUACAUGGUAUGGCUAAAGUCCAUCUGGGGAACGGAACCGACCUUGAAGUCUUCAUAAUAGGGUCUGAUGUCAGGUGCACUUUCGAGAUACCAGACCUGGAGCCGUGUUUCACAUCCCGUCAAUUGCCUAUGCCCACCAUCUUUGGUACCGAUGACAUCACGGCUUUGUUAGAAACCAAGACCCAUGUCGGAUUGAUGGCGUUCAGCUACUCUAAGAUCCUCAUCGUUGACAUCUUGUCUCCCGGAACUUGGGUCGUCAACACGACCAUCGACCUGUCUCCUGGCAACCAGCCGCCCGGAUGGACGAACAUCCCACGAGGACUGGUUGGUGCCGCUUGGCUCGUCAGGGAAGACACCACGGCGGUGUACGUCUACGACACGGCGUUGCUGAUAACCAAACAUUACUACGUUGUGUACGACUUCCCCAACGAUAGGAUACUGAAGAGGGGCCACCUGUGUGCAACAGAUUAAGAAAGUACUAUCGUAAAAUCAGACAAAUGGUUUGUUUUCUCUUAUAAAUUAAUAAACAACUAGAAGAAGGAACCGUCCAUAAUCUAUGCCUAGGAUGAUGAUGAUUUUUAUGGAGAAGCAUGUACAAAGUGAAUUCCUCCCCUACCCCCACCCCCAUUAAAAUGUAUGUACAAAAUAAGUACCUGCAUGUCAUGUACAAAAUCAAUGACCCCCCCUCUCCUUCCCAUAGUUUCUAAGCAUAAUUGUAAACAUAAAUUUAUGUACAAAAUUGCUGCCAAAUUACGAGUGUACAGAAUUGCCCCCUCCAGCUUCACAGAACAAAAUGGGUGCCCCCCCCUCCUUAAAAUCAACAUCACCCCCCUAGCCAUAAAUUAUUAACGGUCCCUAAAACUGAAAUAUUCAAUAACUACAGCAUCAUCUACCUAUUUCUCUUUGAUUGUUUGCCUAUGCUAUGUGCCAUUUCAACCGAGAACAUUUCACAGUACGAAUGGAACAUGCGAUAAAGGUUAAAGAUCGAAAUCUUAACUAUGACUCCAGAAACCUGCAAUUGUAACCUCAUUUUAGUAAUAAAUACAAUUUAUUCACA